AUGGUUGCCGCUUGGAACCUUGCAAGACAUGGGAAAAAUCAAGAUAAUACCUUACGCGAAGGAGCCUGCCAGCAGUUCACUGGAUGGCAUCGAAACAACUUACAGCGCCGUACAGGGGACGGUUAUUGGAGGAGCUGGUAUUGCGGGCCAAUUCGUGUUCCUCGCCGAGGCGCUCGCGGUAGAGGUGCUCGUGGCAGAGGUGCUCAUUUUAUUUCACUCCUUUGUCCACUUUGUCUUUCGGCACCUGCAUCUGCUACUCAUUUUCUUUAUGCUUGUCCCAGGAAAGGAUCUGUGUGGCAGUCGAUAUUUCUCACCAGUCCUUCCGGCACCGAAGUCGAAACCGCCAUCUACUGUCUAUCCUUUCCUCCAACUUCCUCCUCCGUUCCCUCCUAUCUAUCGUAUUAUCGCUUGUAUUUUGCAUAUCUACGGUCGGCUCGCUGGAGUUUUGUUUUCAACGCCACUCCGUUCCACCAAGAAUCCAUUUGUAGGUCCAUGCAGCUGAUGAUCGCACGAGAAAUCUCGCUCUCCCAGAGUAGAUAA